ACGUCGCCCGCCUCUGACGUAACGGCAGCACAACGUCACUUCCGCUCUCAUUUUCACCAGCCGUUUAUAUAGUUUCAAUCUGUUUGAUCUGUAGUUUGUGCUCCUCGGUUUGGGUGUUCCGCCGCGGACAUGGCGGAGCUUCACACGACCGUCCGUGUAUCCGGAUUCGUGCUGGGAUCGCUCAUGUUUCAGCAUUUUAAUAGUGACUCGGACGCGGAGGGAUUCAUCCUGGGGGAGACCAAGGCGGAGGAGAGGUGUAAGAUCACGGAUUCCCAUAUGGACCACGUUCAGUAUGAACAUACAAUACACAUUCAGAAACAUGUUUCCUGCUGCAGACUCGGCAGUUUUUACGACAGUGCCGGUGAAGUGAGACCAGAAGAAGUCAGGCGUAUCCUGGCCUCUGAGAAAACGGAGAACGUGCUCGGAUGGUACAAGCAAAGGAGGAACACAGAUCAGCGAAUGACCUUCAAGGAGCAGGUGGUCCACCGUAACCUGAGGAGAGCCUUACGCAACCACGAGCUGGUGUUCCUCCUGCUGACGUCCACGGACGCCUCGGCCAUCAGCUCCACCCACUGUCUGGAAUACUCUGUGUUCAUGUCACAUGGAAGCCAGUACCACAAAAUCCCAGUGCUGGUGGGCAACCUGGGCAUGCUGGAGCAGCAGGACUACUGGAGAACGUCCACGUGCUGCCUGUCUUCCAGCUACAGCCAGGCUGUAAAGAAGCACAGCGUACGGUUCUUCACCUCAGAUGGGUCCCUGAAAGAGGUCAGCAAGGUCAGCAGCAUGAAUGACACGCUGCAGGCACAGCUGAGGUCGACCUGCAAGGACCUGGACCACAGUGAGCGCUCGCUGGAAAGGCUCCUGGUGGAAGUGUCCGCUCUCCAGAAGGCUGUGGCGGAGAAGAGGUCACAGACCACUCAGUGUCCUGGUGAGCCCCAGGAGAGUCAGUAUCUGAACUCACGCCUGCCCCAGGAGAAUGUGCUGCUUUGCACAGCUAUGAAGGUGCUCUUCCCAGAUUCCCCUCUGCUCCGGACGCGAGUGCUGAAUCACCAGGGUGUCCCGCUGCCAGAAUUCUGCAACACUGACCAUGACAUUGAUGUAUCUGGUGUGCUGCCCCCAAUCCUGGCCUACCGGGAUGCUCAAUCCAGGAGGAGGAAGAGGAGGGAAGCUUUGGACACUGAAGGAGUCCUAACAGUCAGUGGCUCAGAGACAGAGGAUGAGCUUUUGGCCUCUCAGAAUGGAAAUUUGGACAGAUCAAACUCUCCAGUCUUCUAACACACUGAAUAAUAUUUUUUGCAAUUGGCGCAGUGAUUAUUCUUUAGAGACUCGUAGCUUUCAUAACAUUCAGUUCUUUUCUGUCUUGUUCUGUUUCUCAGGAAUGUUUCUGGCCUUUUGUCCUGUAAAUGAAGCCAUGUUACCUUAAAGCUGCACUGGAAUCUGGGCUAGCUAGCAUGCUCAUGAGAGUUUUACUUACACAAAAAUGUUCCGAGGGCAGGAGGAAAAAUAAUUGGUUAUCAGAUUGCCAAGGAGGUGGGUCCAAGCAACCAGAGGAGGUACAACCAGCCAAUCAGAGGUUGCAAUCCUGCCUCUAAUUACUUGGAUCCACCUCCUCAGCAAUGUGAUUGGUUAUCUCUCUGAACCCAUCAUUUUUCCUUGUGCCUUCAGAACAUUUUUGUGUAAGAAAAUAGAAAGAAAAAAAAGAGUGCAUGACACAGACAAACCCAGAUUCCGACAAAAAACAACCUAAGAGCUCUUCAGCUGCAUCUAUGGUGCUUGUAAGCUAACUGAAAGUGCCCUUGCUCAUAUCAAGCUGCAAAAAAGCCACGAUUUCUGGAGCAGUGUGUAGCUCUUGUAUUUGUGUAAAUUUUGAACUUUUGUUAAGACUUUUCACAAGUAAAAUAUUUGUUACCAAUUAAAGUAUUUGUCAUAGGCAA